UCAGUGGUUCAGUUCACAUGAAGAAGAGAGCCUGAGCAUUCCUCUUGAAUGAUGAGUUCCUCACCUUAAGAUUUACUUUUUCUUCAGAGUGCCUGAUAUCUGUUAAGAGGAGACUUUUUUAAAACAUCUGUUAAGAUUUUUCUGUUUUUGUUUUGUGUAUUUGUUUUUAAAGAAACUGGACUGAGUCAGAAAGAAAGCAAGGACAAGUCUGACCCUUUAGUCACAGGACCCCAAGGAUUUUUAUUACUUUUCUCAAUUGGAUCUUUCCACCUUGCGCUGUUUUUCUUGCUCUCUUUUUUUCUUUUUUCGCCUGCAGCUGCAGAAAUAUAAUAUAAAGAGAUUGUGUCUGUGACACCAUGAUCUUUUCCACGGUGCCUUUUAAAGUUUCUAUAGCUAACCAGCAGACGUAUGUGUCCCCUUCCAACCAUCAGAUGGCUCCUCCAAGCCCUAACAACAACAGCAAUAGCAACUCUACCACCACCUCCAUCAGUAAUGGCAGCAGCAGCAGUGGAGGAGAGCAGCUGAGCAAAACCAACUUGUACAUCCGUGGCCUUCACCCCGGGACCACAGACCAAGAUCUGGUCAAACUCUGCCAGCCGUAUGGGAAAAUCGUAUCCACCAAGGCCAUCCUGGACAAGACUACCAACAAGUGCAAAGGCUAUGGCUUUGUUGACUUUGACAGUCCAGCCUCAGCUCAGAAGGCAGUGACGGCGCUGAAGGCGGGUGGAGUGCAGGCUCAGAUGGCCAAGCAACAGGAACAGGACCCCACCAACCUAUACAUCUCCAACCUGCCUCUGUCCAUGGACGAGCAGGAGCUGGAGAACAUGCUGAAGCCAUUCAGCCAGGCCAUUUCCACUCGCAUCCUCCGUGACGCCAACGGGACCAGCCGGGGAGUGGGCUUUGCCAGGAUGGAGUCAACUGAGAAAUGUGAAGCCAUCAUCCAACAUUUUAAUGGCAAAUAUAUCAAAACUCCACCUGGAGUUCCAGUGCCAUCAGAGCCCUUGUUGUGUAAAUUUGCUGAUGGAGGCCAGAAGAAGCGUCAGAGCCAAGGAAAAUAUCUGCAGAACGGCCGGCCAUGGACCAGAGAUGGGGAGACUGGAGGAAUGACCCUUACCUAUGACCCCACCACAGCCUUACAAAACGGGUUCUACUCCUCUCCCUACGGCAUUGCCACCAACCGGAUUAUUGGGCCGACCUCCCUCUCUCCGUACAUGCAUUCACCUGUGUCGACUUACCAGGUACACAACCCAUCCUGGUUACAUCAUCAAUCAUACAUCAUGCCGCCCACAGGAGCAGUCCUGACGCCAGGAAUGGACCACAGCAUGUCCAUCCAGCCGACCUCGAUGAUGGGGCCCCUAACACAGCAGCUCAGCCACCUCUCCAUGGGCAGCAGUGGCACAUACAUGCCUGCAAACACAUCUAUGCAGGGGACCUACAUCCCCCAGUAUACCCAAGUGCCUGCCACCAACAUCUCAGUUGAGGAAAGUGCCGUCCAACAACCCGUUGCCAUAGAGACACCCACAGAACACACAACCUACUCCUACCAGCAUAACAAGUGAAGAGGUGGCAGAGAUCUUCCCCUGGAGCCAGAGUGACUCUCAAGGGGCCCAUGUGCUGAAAACUCGGCACACCGACUCUGCACGUAAGGCACCGGGCACUCGGGAGGAACACGGACUGUUACACAGAACGGACAAAAACAAAAAGAUAUUUUCUACAAACUCAUAUUUUAAAACAAACUCUUUUACUCCAAGCAAGCAAGGCUGGAGAAUGGCAGGUGAUGGGAAAUGGAAGAACAUAACGAGGAGCGUCUAUUUUGAUAACAGUCAAGACAAAAAGUCACACACUACACAGGUUUAAAAGGUUAUUUGAGCAUUACUCAUAUUCUUUCCUAACACUGCUCCAGGAGCUAGAAUGAAACCAGGAAAAGAACAUUUCAACAAAAUGUUUUAGUUUGAGUCAUGUUUUCUUUUGACCUUUCGUAAGAUAUGCUGUUUUUAUUUCACUUUUUUUUGUCUGAUACUUUCAGGCUUUGAACCUGCCCUUUUUGUACAUAAUUCUUUGUUUUGAUGUGUGUCUAGCUUCUUGUGUCCUAUUUUGAAUGACUGGUGCAAAUAUUUGAACUACAGGAGGCUCAAAAACAAACUGAAGUCUCUCAAAAAGCUGAUGACCCUCAUAUUUUAGACAGAUAUGGUGCUGAUUUGGAUUAGCUUCUCUCAAAGUGGCAGCAGGUUUAUCAGGUGUGAAGCCUCACCUGAAAUAGGUUUGUUUGGGUUUUUUUUUGUUUUUUUUGGCACUUGACUCUCAGAUAAUUUAUAGUUCCAACCACCUCAACAAAGCCUCAGACAAUCAGAAGAUUAAAAAGAACAGAAAAUUUAGAGAUGAUGGUCACCAAUGACAGACUUCAAAGACGACUUUAAAAGAGCUAAAUAGAUUGAAAGCAUUCCAGAGAUUAUCAGAAGGUUCUAAAUAUUCACUUUGAGCUGCUCCACUUGAUGAAACCCAAAGUUCCAUAACAGAGAUCACAUCUCACACAGAGCUGCCUGUAUAUAAGAGAUUUAAGUUUAUUUAGGCUUUCUCUUGAUUUCCUUCCAUCUGUGUAGUAAUGCUUCGUUUAUUUUUUGGCAACAUUUUACCAAAUUGUACCAAACAUGGCAGUUUAUGUGUUGCUGUGUGCUUUCUUUUAUUUCCUCACAUCCCUUUGAUAAAAGAGGAAGCUGAAUCUUCACUAAAUCCCCAAACCAAAUUUUCUGAAGCACGAAUUAGACUUAUCAGAGUAUGAGGUUCUUAUUACAUAGACAUGGAGAUCAACUGCUAAAGCAUGGCUCUGUCCUGUUAAAACGUCAUGAAACACUAUUAAAGUGAAUUAUUAUGGCCAGUGUAGAAAUGCUUUAAUAUUGGCUGUUGCUAUGUGUUUGCAUCUAUUUCUUCAUCUGUUAUUCACCAUCGUGUUUUUUUUACAUUUCUUAUUUAAAUGUUCUCUUUAGUUUGUUCUUUUUUUACUGUUCAAUUUUAAUACUUUUAAAAUUGAUCCUAUUUUUCAAAAAAAGCUUUGAUUUUAUUUUUGAUAGUGUGCUGUGUGCUCCAAAUAGUGAGAAAUGCAUGUUUUGGUUUUUUGUUUGUUUUUAACAGUGAUUUGUUUGGAUGUUUGCAUACUCUCUCUGCUCUCAUUCUGGUUUCAGUGUUGAUGUCAAAAAGGCUUUAAGGUUUUCUGCGGACUUUUCAGUUCUGUGCGUGUCCCAGAUGUUGGCACUUUGUGAACAUGACUCCUGAUCACGGAUGAAUUAUGUGUGCUAGGUUCAGAUGCAUUGUUACAGAGUUGUGCCCCAAGCAGUUGGGAACAAUGUUGGAGAAAUAUAUAUUCAAAACCUUGACUUACCUCAUCCUGCCAGAGCAAUGUAGAUUCAGUUUGUGUGCAAGGUUCACAGGCAAUAAUCAACUACAGUGGGUCUCAUGGCUGUUCACAGCUGGUACUGUGUCCACAUUCUUUUACUCUUCCGUCUAAUGUUAGGAAAACACACCCAAGGUCUGAUGAUCUAUGCAAUUAAUUUAUUUUCCUUAAAAACGCAAUACUACAGAUAUCCAAGAGACACCACACAUCAUGACAAUGGAUCACCUCACUUUCCGGCUCACAUGGAUUUUAGCUUUCAUUACACGUACACAUUGAGAGUUGUUUGUUUUCUGGCUGACAUAUUCGUCUUCGUUAAUUGUUAGGAAAAUUGCUGCAUUAAAAGGGAAGUAUUUCAUACCAAAUUAAGGUUGUUGAUACCUUUGUAGAAAAUGUAGGAACUCUAAAAAAAAAAAGAAAGGAAAAAAGGGGGGGCAGGGGGCUGGCAGGCGCACGUUAUGUGAAUGAAGGCGGGUCGCACACUCGUCUACCCAACUUUUAUUGUACAUGGACACCGUAGAGGGGAGUUAGAUGUGAUUUGCCUUUCCAUCCAGUUGCAGCUUUUGUUAUGGUUUUGUGUGUCCCCUCUAUUCUUUUUUUGUUAACUUGCUGAGUAAUUGAUGCUGUUUUCUAUUUUUAAACCAUGAAACUGUUCUUUUUCCAGGAGGAAAUUUAACUUCACAGAAAUGCCUUAGAUUUCACUGGAAGGGGAUAGUGAUGUGUUACUCAGAUUUGGUGGACUUCUUGGACCUCUUGACUGGAAUUUUUGUUUUUCAUGCACUGCUAAUGUUGAAAACAUUUUUGUUACAUCGAACUACUCUGAACAUAGCUCUAUGAAGCAAAGAAAUAUUUACUAUUUUGUGUCCAAAAUAUUGAAGAAAACCUGAAAGGUGGCUUAUUGUGUCUAAAGAACUGUUGCUGCUAAUUUUGGAUUGCGAAGUAUUUAGAAAUCUUUUAGCUGAAGGUCAUUCAAUAUAUCAAGUCACACAUGGGGUCAGUUCGCAACUCAUGUUCAUGUCCAUGCCGUCUCGUUUUGUGCACCAAACAACCUCUCCUCAGUAAAUGUUUGUCCGUGCCAUGAUGCAGGUCUUUGUCCUCUUGAUAGAAAAAAAAAAAAAAAAAACAGCUAUUAAACUUUUAACUUGGUUUGAUUUUGAACUUGUCAUUUUUUAAUAAAACUUUUUUCACUGUGA